UCUCGGUACAAACUGACCAAUCAGAACGCGUAGCUGGGUGAAGCGGCGAUUUUGAAAGUUAGACAAAACAGUUUCCGGUUGCUUCGUUCACGGGUUACAGGAUUACACUUGAUAUUGCGUAUGCAACAUACAUACAGUUCUUGUGAAGCUGUACAGGCAACGGGAUGGACGAGGAGGAGAACACCGACCGGAAGUUACAGAUUGCAAUGCUGUGUCAGAAGCUGGAGAAGAUAAAGAGAUACUACAACGACGAUGACACAGACAAUAUUAACCAGAUCAUCAGUUCCAAUUCACCAGACACAUGCCGCACCUUUCUGACAAACCUAGAAAAGAAAGGCAAUCUUCAGUCAGAUCCUACUCUUCUCUCCAAAUUAAUGGAUUGCUACACCCGGGUUUUCUCAAGCAUGCCUCUAGGAAAACACAGCCAGAAUUUAAGCUAUGCACGUAUGCUGGUCAGAUUUGCAGAGCUUAAAGCUAUCCAAGAUGUCAAUGAUGCACGGGAUAGUUUUGACAUAGCAAGAUCUCACUGCAAAGAUUUUGCCUUCGUCCAUAUAGCUUGUGCUCAGUUUGAACUUUUACAAGGAGAUGAAAAGAAAUGUACCUCGAUUCUUCAGAAGGCUAUUGAAAUGGGUGCCAAGCCAUGGGAAACUCUGGAAACUGCAGUGCAGAAUUUCAAACUGGGUAAAGGUCAACUCCUUUCCCAAGAGGAUAAAGAGAAUAUUGCAGUUUCUGAAAAUCUACAAGAACCCAUUAAAAAACCCUUAAUGUCCAGAGGUGACUCUGGGAAGUCUGAUGGAUCAGGUGACAUUCAUCUGGCCAGUGGUUUUUCUCUGGGAACUGAUCAGAGGAACAGUUCACCAGAUGACCAAGUCCCACCCUGGAGGUCUGGCUCACAACUCAAAAGAACAGUUGCCAUGCCUGGGAGGAUUCCCAUGGUACCACUGCCAAUUCCUGAAAAUGAAAACAUUGAUAAUGUUUACAAAUCCGGGGCUCCUGGCUAUAGCAGUAGUUUGUCUAGGCCAACCUAUCGUUCAAAUGCAUCCAUACUUUCAUCUUCAAAGAAGAAUUCUGGAGAUGGAGACUCUUACAGUCUGUUAAAUCUGAAGCCACUUGUUAUUAGUCCAGAGCCACCUGCUGAGGAGGACAUUGGUGAUGUGGAUUCUACCACAGCACUUCUGCAACGACCAGAAAGGAAAGAUACCACUGACUUUAUUAGCCAGAUACUGGUUUCAAACUCUCCCGAGGCCUGCUACUCGUACCUCAGAGACCUGGAGACGAACAGUGACCCUUGCACAGAUGCUGCUUUUCUCUCCAGGCUGUUGGGUUACUACUCUAAAGUGUUCACCAGGUUUCCCCUGGCACAGUAUAGCAAACUUGAAAGCUAUGCACGGAUGCUUGUCAGAUACGCAGAGUUAAAGGGAAUUGAAGAUCCUGGUGAAGCAGAAGAUAAUUUCAACAUUGCCAGAGCCAACAGCAAAGCCUUUGCCUUCGUUCAUAUCGCCCAUGCCCAGUUUGAGCUCUCACAAGGUAAUGGAAAGAAAAGUGCUUCCAUUCUGCAGAAAGCGCUGACAUCAAAUGCAAAACCAGUUGAACUUCUGCAGAUGGCAAUGAAGAAUUUAAAAUCUGGAAAAAUCCAACUUCUGUCUGAAACUAAAGAGAAAUUUGCAGAUUCAGCAGUUGCUUUCAGUGAUGGUGGAAAUAAGGAGGAGGAGAAUCCACUGAGAAUGUCCACUAAAAAAGCACAGCCUAAACCAUACACUAUGGAGAGUUUAUCUGAAUGGAAGGCUCCUGCAAAUGUCAACAGACAGGCUUCUCCAGAGGAAAAUAAGCAUGCUGUAGAUCUUAUUCCUACUCCACGUCCUCUUCAGUCACUCAGAACUCCCUCUGCCUCGGCUGUCUCAGUUUCUUCCAGGAUAAAUCAAAUUAGUUUCUGCCAGACACCAAACCACAAAGACUAUCAUGCAAACAGUUUUGUUACGCCUGUAGUGAAACAGCGACCAGCUAUUGCGUCUGUUUCAUCUCAGAGGGUCGGCCAUAUUCAAUUACCCUGCACCCCACAGAGUCAGAUGUCAUUUUUCCAGCAGACCCAACAAGGUCCUAUGGGUACUAUCUCUAAUGAAUCCAUCACCAUUAAAGGCAGACAGUUCUUCAUUUUAAAGAUGAUCGGCAGAGGUGGUUCCAGUAAGGUGUACCAGGUUCUGGAUGAAAAGAAACAUCUGUAUGCUGUAAAAUAUGUGAACCUCGAGGAAGCAGAUGCCCAGACAGUUGAAAGUUACAAGAAUGAGAUCGAGCACCUGAACCACCUCCAGCAGUACAGUGACCAGAUUAUCAAACUGUAUGACUAUGAGAUCACAGACAGCUACAUCUAUAUGUUAAUGGAGUGUGGAAACCUGGACCUCAACACAUGGCUUCGCAACCGCAAGACUGUCAACUCACUGGAAAGAAAGUUCUACUGGAGGAACAUGCUUGAAGCAGUGCAGACUAUCCAUAAGCAUGGAAUUGUACACAGUGACCUAAAGCCAGCUAAUUUCGUCAUUGUCAAUGCCUCACUGAAGCUCAUUGACUUUGGCAUAGCAAACCACAUUCAGCCAGACAUGACAAGUGUUAUGAAGGACUCGCAGGUGGGGACACUAAACUACAUGCCACCAGAGGCUAUUAAAGACACAUCAUCUAAAGGUGGAAAACCAAGGUCAAAGAUUAGUCCAAAGGGAGAUGUCUGGUCACUUGGAUGUAUACUGUAUUGUAUGACCUAUGGAAAAACCCCUUUCCAAAACAUCACCAACCAAAUCGCCAAGAUCCAUGCUAUUAUUGAUCCAUCCCAUGAGAUUGACUUUCCAGACAUUCCUGAGAAGGAUCUAGUAGACGUACUGAAGCGAUGCUUGGUGCGAAAUCCCAAAGAGCGUAUCUCGAUUGCAGAACUGCUUGAUCACCCAUACUUACAACUGCAACCUCAGAGACUGCCCGAGCCAGUGGAACCAUGCAACAAUGACCUAAAAAGAAUUCUGAAUGAGUUGGCUGCUUUACAAUCCCCAAACAGCAUCGCAAGAGCUGCUAGUAACCUAGCAAAGAUGUGCAACAGCGGGAAGAAGCUGGACGUUUCCGAGUGUGUCCGGAGCUCCAGUCAGACUUUGUGGAAGUGAAUAUGCUGAUGUAGAAGUUGCAUGAAUAGUUCAUAAUGAUAAUUUGACAACACAACACCUAGUGACUUGGAUAUCUUUUAAAAUGAAUAUUUCACAUCAGAUUUAGGUCAUCUGUUGACCUAAAUAAUAAGAACAAUCACUUGAGUGACUUGUAUUAUAUAUCAAGUUUCAGUCCUAUAGUUAUCUACAGUUUGAAUUAUAUUGAAUUCAACUCCCUCUCCUUUUUAACUGCCUCUUGCCAGUGUUUUCUUUGUUAUGUUUAAACUUCUUCCCAAAUAAACUUACCAUUAUGGUAUAGUAAACUAUAAGGGAUAUUUCUGUGGUACUGUAUAAGAUGUAGAGAGUUUUGAUAUGUAUUCAUAAUUUUAGAGGUCAUAGCUGUACAUAAUUUUAACAAAAUAAACAUGUAUCUAAG